AUGAAGUACCUUGUUGGACUCGUCGCCCUAGCCUGUGUGGCUGCCAGUCCUCUGUCAGACCAAAUUCCGCUGUUUAACACCCAGCUGGAAUCCUCCCAUCCUGAUUUCCCCGACUUCGAUCUCAAUGCUCUCCGUCUCGUUCAAUUGGAGGGUCAGACUACCCCAAUCUACAUGACUGAGUUGGAGAAGGAAGCCAAGGCACGCGGCGUGAUGUUCUUCGACGUCACAGACACCCCAGAGCUCGGAACCUCAUCUCGCCUGCGAAUUCAGUCUUCUUUCCCGACACCAAACGCCACAGAGAAGGUGAUCCCAAUUAUCAAGACUCUUUCCACCAAGGGUCCCGAGGCAAACCUUAGGAAGUUUACCAGCUUCCGCACCAGACACUAUCGCAGUGACACUGGAGCAAAGAGCCAGGCUUGGCUGAAGAGCAAGAUACAGGAGAUUACUUCAGAAUGGGGCUCCAAAUCACUUCAAGCAAAGAUUUCUAUUUCCGAGUUCACCCACUCUUGGGGCCAGAACUCUCUCAUUGCUAGAAUCAAUGGUUCCUCGACCACCGACGAUGGUGUUGUCAUUAUUGGUGCUCAUCAGGACAGCACCAACAUGUGGCCUUUCCUACCCGCUCCUGGUGCCGAUGACGAUGGAUCUGGGACAGUCACUAUCUUGGAAAGUUAUCGCGCUUUGCUUGCAGCUGACUUCCACCCUGAACGAGCCAUUGAAUUCCAUUGGUAUUCUGCCGAAGAGGGUGGCUUGCUUGGCUCUCAAGCUGUAGCUUCUGCAUAUGAAGCCAAGAAUGUGAACGUCAUUGCCAUGAGUCAGUUCGAUAUGACUGCGUGGGUCAAGCGCGGUACUAGGGAAGAAGUUGGCCUGAUCAGUGACUUCGUUGACUCGCCUCUCACCGAGUUCAACAAAGCGCUCGUUGAGAAGUACCUGGAUAUUCCAUGGGUUUCGACCAAGUGUGGCUACGCAUGCUCGGACCACGCAUCGUGGAUGAAGGCAGGCUAUCCUAGCUCAUUCACCAUCGGCAACACAUUUGAGAACUCCAACAAGAACAUCCACUCGGCCAACGACCGAAUCGAUGUCUCUGAUGAAUUCAGUUUCUCUCAUAUGUUAGAGUUCUCCAAACUCGCAGUCGCUUUCGCAGUAGAGCUAAAUGCCCCAAUACCUCGCAUUGCUCCGCCUCGCUAUAACCCAACGAAGAAACGCCCUGCGCACAAUUCGUUUGCUGGCAACCGUUCACCAGCUAAACGUCGACGCUUAGACCAUGAGUUCCGUCAGGAUAUCAUUCGCGAGCUUCCGGCCCACUGCCAGAACACAUCCCAUUUCCCAGGGGCACACAAUCGACGCCAGGCUUUCGUAGCGCGUGAGAUUGCAAACAUUCAAGCCUCCCCUCUUGGUCUUCGUGUUGUCCACUACAACAUUAAUCCCACCAACGUCUCGUUUAUCUGCGUCCAAACAGAUAUCACCAAGGUUUCACUUGCCCCCAAGUCGACUCUUGAAGCCAAAGUAGUCGAAUCACUGCGUCAACAGCCUGAGGCAUUGAAGCCUCCAGUCGCAAGUUCCACUCCUUCUCCUGACUUGGCUUCUUUACCCACUGGCCCUGUUCGAUCCUUCAGGUCCGGAAGAUUAUGCUUCCAAGUACCCACAAAGCUAGACUCGGGCACAAACCUUGUUCCAACUAUGGACGACAACCGCGUUGCCGGUCUUUUAUCUGUGGACAAGGCAGCACAACAGUCGCGGGAACCGUCUUUGCAUGCUAAAGAAUCUUCACCGGCAGUCUCCGCUGACCUCCCCACCCCAAGAUCUCCCUCUCCGCGACCAUCGCCGUCUAUUCCUAGCUUAGACGAGCUUUCAGAACUAUUACCCACAGUCAUUCGCCGCUCCUUAUCCCCAUUGCCCUUUCGGCAGCUUGAAUUCGUGCUUGAUGGUGAACAACUCUGUUUUCCGAUUCGACAUCAACACGACAAGUUACGCCGGCUACUAUUGGACCCUUUCGACCCAUCCUCGUCCUUCACUCUAUCUAUGCACGGGUAUCUACAGGAUGUAGACAUUGAAUCACGCCGACAUUGGUCCGUUGACCCGGCCACUUCUCGGAGGGAAUUCGUCGAAGACGCCUGUCUUCUGGUUAACGGUGAUUGCUCGGUCACGAUCGUCGGCCACGGGCGUGAUGCACAACAGCUUUCGCUCAUCCAGAACCGCCGAACAAAGGCGGCCGGGACUGUUACGUUCACUGACCUUGAAAGGCCAUGGAAUUCGCUCAAGAAGGGUGGAGUGAGUUGUGUAGCGCCCAUCAAACAGCCUUCUUUGUUUGCCAGCGGAGGGUAUGACCACAACAUCCACCUAUGGAAGCUGGACGAUGAUCUAUCGACCGUUUCCUCACGCCACUCCCUGAUGAUCAGACACAACUCGCUUGUGCAAUCUAUUCUCGGAGUAUCCGAUACUAGCCACAAGCUUGCUUCAGCAGGAGCGGACUGUUGUGUCAAUUUUUACGACCUUUCUUCACAAAGAGUUGUUAAUACCCUUCGCACGUCCAACUCGGUAUACCACCUGCAUCCGACCACCUCAAGCUUUUGCACCCUGUUUGAGCUCGCGCAUCGUGAUUUCCAAUUCGAAGUACACGAUCAUCGACUGGUGCCCUCUAUACCCACGCUACGAUUUGGCUAUGCGAAUCCUCAGGUCCAUGGGAGAUACUCAAAAGGCGCUUCGUUUUCGGAUUACUUCGCAUCUGGUGACAAAGAAGGCAUCAUUCGAGUGUGGGAUCUCCGCAACUCCAACAAACCCUGCUGUCAGAUCGAAUGCACGAAAGGACAACGGAUUGCGCAUAUUGUAUCAGAGUCGUCCCGACUAUUAGACGUCGAUAUAGCGCAUGACAUACAAACGACCUCUGGGAUUCAAGGUGCUCUGCACGGCGCAGCAAUCGGGUUAGGUUCAACAAUAAUUUUACACUACAGUUGGCCGUUUUUCAGGCGCCAGACUUUUCCGUUCAAGGGCUUUAUAGUCUGCACUUGUUCCGUAUUCGGUCUGGUGUUAAGCGCUGAACGAGCACUCCAAGAAUACGAAGCGUUCAGGCGCCUUGAAGAGAACUCAAUCCGCAAAGAGGCGCGAUAUGAGCUGGCCCAGCAAGGGGUCAUUCCCACAGAGACUGCUAUAACUCAGUGGCGGAAAAGCAACAAUAAAGACAAGUAG